UGUUGAACCUGCGGUGUCCACGCGCGCCCAUACGGACCGCCAUGGGCAGACGCAUGAUCCCCGAGGACAAGACGGGAAAGAUCAAUUCGCAAUUGGUCUCCCAGCGGGGACACCUCAUGAGACCUUAAAUAGUAGAUGAUCAACAUGAGGCGAUAAUUUUUGACCAGAACGGUGAGUCGGAGUGGGCGUCUGCGUCUUUCGCGCCCUCACUUCUUCCAGUCUCGUGGAGAAGUGGACGAGGACUUCUCUGCAGCCACUAGUGCAUUGGCAGGAGUACGCGAGUUGUCCUUGUCGGUCAAAGAUGUCUCUUCCCUGUUUAACGCUGAUGUGGCGACGCGGCAUCGGUCGCAAUCAAUUGUUGGAAGAGGUGGCAUGCACGCAUUCGGCAGCACGAAUGGUUUCGUAUUUAUUACAACUGGAUCAGGAGGCUGCGUCGGAGGAGGAUAAAAGUGCGUGAUCGAAGAAGUGUACAGGGACUGCAACGAAGACACAAUCGCGGGUAGAUGCUCGGAAAGACUGGGUGGACUAUUAAUGACAAGAUCAACAAAGGAAAAGCCGACCUCAAUGGGGGCAGUACGGCUUGGAGAAUGUGGAGUUUGAUCCCGACGACGUUCGGAUCACCAAGUACUCUGCCGAAAGUACGAGUUACAUGUGCCGGGACGGUUUCUGUUGGGUUAUUUUCUGCAGUUUCUGGAAGUCCGAAAGCGCCAGCGGAGUAUGUGAAAAAUUUAACUGCGGUGGUGGAGACUUGAACAGAAAGAGGUAUGGUCUAGCUUCUUAUUCCUUUUUUAGAAUCGCUCGUUUGGGGAGUUAUGGCACACGACUUCCUGAGGGUCGAUUGAAUGGUCAUGGUCGAGGUACUUGUGGUUACUCGAUUGCUCACUAAUUUAGGUUGACUUGCUGAGUUGUAGAUGUCAAGAUAUCUCGGAGUGCACUCUAAUUUACGAAACUGAAGUGGAGUCGGAUUUGCAGCAUAGUGUACAACCACGUGAGUCCUCCUUGUACAUCGCGAGUCUUCUCAGUUUUUUCUGAGCUGGAGGACAGAGUAUGCUCUAAUAGCCGAUUGGGGCAUAAAAGUUAGUACAAAAGUUUAAGUUUUGAUUUUCUCUAGAAGGACUUCGGUAAAACAAAUUAGAGAGGAGUCAGCGCAAAUGAAUAUAUUGAAUACAGCUAUACAGAAAUUUCUUCUCGAUUUAUGCGCUCUCCUCAUCAGCACCACCUUAUGACAAAACAAAAAAAGAAUAACCUCCCGGCAUCAGCAGCGGAUCAGCUUGUGACUCUGCAAGAUACAUACUGACUUCUUUCUCAAGAAGAGAAAGAGUUUCUUGAAUUCUAAGGCCAAUGAAAUUAUUCGCUCUCCUUUCAUAGACUCGUAAGGCAUCCCAUUACGGGUGGUGAAUUUCUAUGUGAUGCCCGAUGUUACAACGGUGAUUACUGUGCUACGAACCCGAAAAGUGCUGAGCCGACGGGUGUUAGAGAUACGAGAAAGUGGAAUCUUUACAGCAAUGGGGACAAAUACCUGGUGGAGCGUGAAGAGUAUGUUGCUUGUGGGAACAGUGACAAGGACACCAAAGUGUGCGUAGGCGGCGGCUGGAAUCUCUGGCAGCGAUGGGACCCGGCAGCAAAGAAAGUACUAAGCGGCAAUGGACCUGCACUAAGUUGCGACAAUCCUGUGAAGCACGAGAGGCGGAUAAUUAUGGGGAAGUAUUAAUCGAGAUGGCUUUUGCGAAGAUAUUGGAUUUGUUGAUUGCAGUCUAUUCAUUUUUCUGAAAUAUAGUUAGCAGUGUAUGUUUUCCUUGUUCUGGACCAAGUAAGAAGUGCCUAGAUUCCAUCCGAGGACGAGUAAUUGAUUAAAUUCUGUUUUCAUAGUCGAAGAUGAGGACGAGACGGAAGUUAGAGCAACUGCGGAAGCAAGUGGCCCGGGUCCCAAGAUCGCAGUAGGUCUCGGAAUGGGUGCUCUUGUGGUGAUUCACUGGCGCGCCACGAGCACUGCAUCGGUUGAAGCAGCUGAGGAUCAUCAUGACAUAGAAUGAACUAGAGCUAUCCGGCGAGACAGGGAAAACGUCCAAAAGAACGUCGUCACCCCUGACGCAGUAUUUCAAGUUUUUGCGAGUUACAUCUACAGCUACUCUUUCUAGUUCAGAAUUUCGGAUUUCGGAUAAGUGGGGACUUUAGCAGUCUGUAUGCAGUUCUUUUUAAUAUCUUCUCUUGAUUUCUGCGAAACGUCUCGAGAAGCGGUAUGUAUUCUAUGCUAUGGAUAGGUACCUCUCAUCCUGACACCUUUCUUAGUCAUGCUCCUGUUUUAGGACUGCCAAUUGUAAUACAAUUUUCAUUGUCAUUUUCAUGUCGAUAAAGUACAAGUAAGUACUUAAACUACAGUCACGUAGGUCGUGGUGAUGCGCUACCUACAGACCGGAUUUGUGGUUGCAUGUCUUCGCAAAUUUUCUUCCAAGCGAAGGGUGAUUUUUCUCCCAGAGAACGGUGUUAGAAGAUACUGAAUAACUUACUUGUAGAAAGAGUUUUUAAGAGAAAAACAACUGCUGUAAUGCUCAUCGAAGCUGCGCUGUUGUAGCCUCCACAUUGUAGACAACAUUGGCGCAACUACUGUGUCUCAUUACGAAGGCUAUAAAGAGAGAGAGUAGAUGAUCAUACUUUUUUUGGAAGAAAUGUUGGUGGACUUGUAGACAAGUAGACAACAAAAAAAAUUUGAAAAUGUCCA